CGCGGUCUGGCUGCUCUAGGCGGCACCGGAAGCCUCGUUCUUCCCGCGCUUCCGCUCUCUACCCGGGCUGGGAGCUGCGUGGAGCUAGACUUCGCGAUGCCGACCGGCGACUUUGACUCGAAGCCCAGCUGGGCCGACCAGGUGGAAGAGGAGGGCGAGGACGACAAGUGUGUCACCAGCGAGCUCCUGAAAGGAAUCCCUCUGCCCACCGGUGACACCAGUCCAGAGCCUGAGUUACUGCCCGGAGACCCACUGCCGCCUCCCAAGGAAGUGAUCAACGGGAACAUAAAGACGGUGACGGAGUACAAGGUGGACGACGAUGGCAAGAAGUUCAAGAUUGUCAGAACCUUCAGGAUUGAGACCCGGAAGGCAUCAAAGGCUGUGGCGAGAAGGAAGAACUGGAAGAAGUUUGGCAACUCGGAGUUUGACCCACCGGGACCCAAUGUGGCCACCACCACAGUCAGCGAUGACGUCUCCAUGACCUUCAUCACCAGCAAAGAGGACCUAAACUGCCAGGAGGAGGAAGACCCAAUGAACAAGCUCAAGGGCCAGAAGAUUGUGUCCUGCCGCAUUUGCAAGGGCGACCAUUGGACCACCCGCUGCCCGUACAAGGACACACUGGGGCCCAUGCAGAAGGAGCUGGCCGAGCAGCUGGGCCUGUCUACUGGGGAAAAGGAGAAGCUCCCCGGAGAGCUGGAGCCUGUGCAGGCCGCCCAGAACAAGACAGGGAAGUAUGUGCCCCCGAGUCUCCGGGAUGGGGCCAGUCGCCGUGGGGAGUCCAUGCAGCCGAACCGCAGAGCCGACGACAAUGCCACCAUCCGCGUUACUAACCUGUCUGAGGACACGCGUGAGACUGACCUCCAGGAGCUCUUCCGGCCUUUUGGCUCCAUUUCCCGCAUAUACUUGGCCAAGGACAAGACCACUGGCCAGUCCAAGGGUUUUGCUUUUAUUAGCUUCCACCGCCGGGAAGAUGCUGCACGAGCCAUUGCAGGGGUUUCUGGCUUUGGCUACGACCACCUCAUCCUCAAUGUGGAAUGGGCCAAGCCAUCAACAAACUAAUAAGACACUUGCUGCCUGCUGCUGUCACCCAGACCCUCAGGAACAGAAGGCUUCCAUUAAAUAGACUCCAAACACA